AUGUCUUCACAUGGUCCAAUUGAAGUUCACAUUCUUGAUAAUAUAUCAAUGAUAAAAGAACUUGGUAUUUCAGCUAUUUUAACACAACCUAUUCAUGUCGGUGGUGCACCUGAUUUUAAUUAUGUUCAUGGAUUUCUUGAAAGAGGUGGUCCUCUUUUUUGGACUCUCUCUCAAAUUCAAUCUCAUCAAACAUUUAUUGAUCCAAGUAAUAUUCAACUUUAUUAUUCAUCCAAAAUGGAUACUGAUCAUGGACGUAAUUUAUGGCACCCUAUGAAACGACUUUCAGAUGGAACAUAUCAACAUAAAGCUCGAUGGCCUAAAGUACUUAAUGCAAUGUUUUCCAUUUAUCCAUUAUUAACCUAUAAAUCAUUUGAUCAAGCAACAAUUAUGUUCAAACAUAUGAUUUUCACUGGAUUACCAUAUAAACAAUCACCUUGUUGGAGUAUUUUUCAAGAACCAAAUAGAUUAAUAAAUUAUUAUCCAUUUAAUAUAGAAGAAUAUCGACGAGCUUAUUUAACAUUUUCAGAAUGGAUAUUGAAUAAUUUUGAAUUAUAUUCUAAAUUUGAAUUGACACCUAUUCAAAAGAAAUUACAAGAGACUGAUAAAUCAGAACAAAUACCUAUUUGUUAUGGACUAUGUCAUCAAAAUCAGUCGUUUAGUCAAUCAUCAAGCGAAAGAACAUUUAGUGGAGAAUAUAUUGCUGCUUUAAAUCGUGCUGGUAUUGGUCGUCGAGAAUUAAUCAAUGCUGAUGAAAUAGUAGAAGGACUAUUGAAAGCAUUUCCAGAUGAUAAAAAUCCUUGUUUACGUGUUUGGCCAAAACAAUUUGAUUUUAAUGAUGAUCUUUAUGAAUCAGCACGUAUGGCUCGAUCAAUUCGUGUUCUUAUUAGAGUUCAUGGAGCUGGUUUAUCAAAUACUGUAUUUAUGCGACCAGGUGCAAUUCUCUAUGAAAUCACUCCACCUGGUUGUCGUAUAUUGACAUUCUUUUAUCGACGUUGGGCAGAAGUGUUCAAUCUACAACAUGCAUUAUGGAGUCCUGAGGAUACAGGUGAUUCUUGUAUACAUGAAGGAGCAAGUAGAGUAAAUGUCGAUGAAGUUGUUAGUGAUGUGAUCAAUUUAGUUAAAAAUGAAAAUCGAUAUCGAAGUGGUUAUUUAUUUCGAGCAUUUGAUCUUAUUGUAAAAGAAUAA